AUGUUUACGGGAAGAGGGACGAUUGGAUCGAAAGCCGACCGGGAAAGGAUUAGCGAAGCUUCCGAUGUUAAUAGGUCCAAGGGCAAAGAAACAGCCGGAGCAAACUCGGUGUUGAUGGGGAAGCAAAUACAUGAUUCUCGUUCUGCUACCCUCUCCCCGACUGACAUUUUUGAAGCUGUAGAAGACUCAGAGGUCAGUGGUUCCGACCAAGAAGACUUGGCAUGGACUACCUGGUUCUGUAAACUACCUGGGAACAAGUUCUUAUGUGAAGUCGAUGAUUAUUUCAUCCUAGAUAACUUCAACUUGUGUGGACUCAGACAUCAAGUUCCUUACUACGACUACGCUCUCGAUUUGAUUCUCGAUGAUGAUUCUACUGCCCGUGGUAAGAUUAUUACAGAUGAACAGAACGAACUGAUCGAGUCAGCAGCUGAGAUGUUAUACGGAUUGAUUCAUGCUCGUUACAUAUUGACAGACAAAGGCUUCCUUUCUAUGUUAAACAAAUACACUACUUCUGAUUUUGGAAGAUGUCCUAGACUUCAUUGUAGUGGCCAAUCUUGUUUACCUGUUGCUCUUUCUGAUGUCCCUGGAGCAAGUACCGUGAAGAUAUAUUGUCCCAAAUGUGAAGACGUUUAUCACCCACCAUCAGAAGACCAAGGAAAUAUAGAUGGAGCUUACUUUGGAACAGCGUUUCCACAUCUGUUUUUUAUGUAUUACCCAUCUAGGAGGCCAAAAAAGGUGUCGUCUCAAAGCUAUGUUCCAAGAGUGUUUGGGUUCAAGUUACACAAGCCGUGA